AGAACGCCAAAAAGGCGAGGAGUUGAUUUAGACCGAUGUUUUUUUGUUAACACAUGUAUAGUAGAACUAGGAAGCGCUCCAAAGAGGGUAGAAGAGGUGUGAGCGAUCAGAGAACGUUCCCUACGCGCGGCCGGCAAUUAGAGAGAUCAUUGUCAAGAUGAAAUUUCCAACCCAGUAAAUUCAAGGACCAGAACGAGUCCACAAAGUAUGAUCUCCUUCUGUCCUGACUGUGGCAAAAGUAUCCAAGCCACAUUCAAGUUCUGCCCCUACUGCGGAAAGGCGUUGCCUGCAGAGGAGCAUGUGGCCUCUCCGACCUUCAUCAGACCACUGACGUCAUCCUUACGAGACUCCCGGAAAGAGCUGAAUUCCAGUUUGGAAGACUCUCCCAAGAAAGUGAAAUGGGCACACCCUGUCUCCUGUCUUCCAUCUUCUCUCUCAGAUUGUGAAAGUUCGGGGUCUGAAGAGAUCUUAAAUUCCCCUGAGAAAUCCAAAGGUACCUGGAGCAGACCCCUAGCCCCCAAAAGUAGCCCGCAGUCCCCAAGGUUGAGCCCUCAGACACUAAAGAGGAGCCGGGCAACCACGUCACUCAAGGCUUUACCUACGGGGACAGAACUGACAGACAAGAAUGGGCAGUGUUGGAAGCUGGGGUCCAUCCAGACCCGGAAUGACCAGGGCAUUCUCUAUGAAGCUGAGCCUGUUUCUGCCCUCCCAGGCAAGUCAAAGGCCCAGAAACAGAAAUUCUCACUGAAACUGGAUUCCAAGGAUGGGCGGCUGUUCAAUGAGCAGAACUUCUUCCAGCGGGCUGCCAAGCCUCUGCAAGUGAACACGUGGAAGAAGCAGCACAAGACCCCACUUUUGUCCAUCCCCACCUGCAUUGGCUUUGGCAUUCACCAGGACAAGUACAGGUUCUUGGUGUUCCCCAGUCUGGGGAGGAGUCUCCAAUCAGCCCUGGAUGACAGUCCAAAGCAUGUGCUAUCAGAGAGGUGUGUGCUCCAGGUGGCCUACCGGCUGCUGGAUGCCCUGGAGUUCCUCCAUGAGAAUGAGUAUGUUCAUGGCAAUCUGACAGCUGAGAAUGUCUUUGUGAAUCCAGAGGAUCUAAGCCAGCUGACCCUAGUGGGCUACGGUUUCACCUUCCGCUAUUGCCCAAGUGGCAGACACGUGGCCUACACAGAAGGCAGCAGGAGUCCACAUGAGGGGGACCUGGAGUUCAUUAGCAUGGACCUGCACAAAGGAUGCGGGCCCUCCUGCCGCAGUGACCUCCAGAUGCUGGGUUACUGUAUGCUCAAGUGGCUGCAUGGGUCCCUGCCAUGGACACAUUGCCUUCCCAACCCCGAGGAUGUCAUGAAGCAGAAACAGGAGUACCUUGACAACCCGGAGCCCCUUGUGAGACUGUGUGGCUGCUGGGUCAAGGCCUCAGAGACUCUGCAGGAGUACCUGAAGGUGGUGAUGGCCCUCAAGUAUGAGGAGAAGCCACCCUACACCCUGCUGAGGAACAAUCUAGGAGCCCUACUACAGGAUCUGAGGGUGUCACCCUACGACCCCCUGGACCUGCAGAUGGUGCCCUAGGCAGAAUGCAGAACUUCUGAGUUGCAGCUUGAAAUAGAGAAAGAAAAAAAAAAAAAAGAAGAAUUGUGACUCGGCCUACUGUUUGAUCACAGAUAAGCUUCCAGAAAAAUCCCUUGAAUGUGCAUUGCCACCAUUUCUUCUUUAGACCAUACCUGCCAGUCCCUGUCUUCAGGAAACUCAGAGAAUUAGCUGUCGCCCUACUGUGGAGCCUUCCUUUCCUGUCACCUGCAGCAGCCACUGCGGUGUGGGUGGAGAAGAAUCCCAGUCAUGGGCAGGGGCCCGCUCAGGGCUGGACAGGGCCUUCCCACCACAAGCACCACUGUGGUAAUAAACUGUUUCUGCUGGA